AUAUUACUACUGAAAUUAUGUCUGCUAUUUAUGAAGAAAUUACAAUUGAUAUGGUCGCAUCAACUUUGUUAAAACAAUUUCCAGAUUCGAUUAAUUAUACAUUUAGAACAUUUCAUAAUUCUAUUUCAUUGGUGGGAACGUUAGCUAAAUAUUCAAUACCUGUACAGGAUGCUCUACAACUUUAUAGUAUAUCAACCAAAAUUUCUGAACAAACCAUUACUGGAGCGGAAUUAUUUCCUGAAAACGCUAAUUCAAUUUUAGUAACAUCUACAAUUGAGCGGGCUGGAACUAUUUAUAUUGGAGAUGAAAAGUUUGGCUCAAUUUCUUCACGAUCAGACUCAAAUUCAUAUAUCAUUGCGGCUUUUGUUGAUGAAAAAAUGACUAAAGCUGAAGUUAUGUCAGAAAAUUCUAGAAGUCAUAUUGAUUUUGAAACAGUAGAGCAUUUGUUGGCUUUUGUUGAUUGGUAUAAAACAUCAAGUUGUUGUAAUCAUUUCCAUAUAUAUAAUCACAAAACUGAUUGUUUUCAAUUUGAUGAAGGUGGAUGUGCUUAUGUAGAAAUGUUUUGA